UUUUUCUGAAACAAAACAAGAAAUUUCACCGAUUACCAUAAUAAUACAGAUAAAAAGAGUACCGCAGACACGUACAAUUUGCGUGAUGAUGUCUGCUUCUAAUGCUCAUACACAUAAUAUUUCAUACAAUCAAGGAACUCAUGUCAACAAUAGUUAUUUAUUACCAUUGAACAUGGGGCGCAUGUAUAGAAUAAGUAAUUUCUCCAAAAGAAAACAAAAUCGAGGUAUGCGACAUUCGACAUCCACGACAUCGUCUGCAUUAGCGUUGCUAGCAUUUUUAUUUUUUUUGAACAUAUUACAGAGAUCCUUGGAUGAAAACAAACAAGGACCAGUUUUGAUGACGCGCAUAAUAAAGCAGACAAAAAUACGACCGCGCAAUGAUUUCAUUGAAAACGAACAGUUUCUAAGAACUGUUGAAACUACUACUCGUGACAAUAUUAUGGUUACAAAAUUUGAAAACAUUUAUAAUAAGUAGGUAGGUAAUUUAAAUAAAAAAUUACAGUAAAGGAAUGCUGUGU